GGCCGGCGCGGAGGGACACGCGCACAUCGUCCACGAGUGCGCGAUGAGGCCGUGGUUGGGGAAGGCGAUUUAAAUGACUGUGGCCACGCUGGACGGCCGCGCUUCUUUGUUUGUGGGACAAUUUUUUUGAGAUCAAAUACCAUUUGUAAAGAAAAAGUAAAGUAGUAGAGGACUUAAAAAACCAAGGGGCACCAUAAUAAACCAUAAAACAUCUAAAGCAAUGGGCAGCGGCGGCGGAGAGGAGUUCGUGCCACCGCCGGAGUGCCCAGUUUUCCAACCGACGUGGGAGGAAUUCGGGGACCCGCUGGCUUACAUAGCAAAGAUUCGCCCCAUUGGCGAGAAGACGGGCAUCUGUAAGAUACGGCCGCCUCCGGAGUGGCAGCCUCCGUUUGCUGUGGAUGUUGAUAAUUUUCGUUUCACGCCAAGAAUACAGAGAUUGAAUGAACUAGAGGCCCAAACGAGAGUGAAGCUAAACUUUCUGGAUCAGAUAGCAAAAUUCUGGGAGCUGCAAGGUUCUACUUUGAAGAUUCCCAUUUUGGAGCGAAAGCUGUUGGACCUCUACAUGCUGAGCAAGGUGGUGGCAGAGGAGGGAGGCUUUGAGAUUGUGUGCAAAGACAGGAAAUGGUCACGCGUGGCAGCAAAGAUGGGAUACAUGACGGGAAAGGCUGUGGGCUCACUGCUUCGUGUGCACUACGAGCGAAUCCUCUACCCCCACAACCUUUUCCAAUCUGGCGUGAGCCUCUCGACAAUAGCACAGAGCCUCAAUCAGAAAACACCAAUCGCUCAGGCUGUUGCAGAAUUCAAUUACAAUGAGUGCAUUGCGAAGCCAGAGUAUGAGCCGGAUGAGAAAGACCAAGAAUAUAAACCACACAGCAUCCCCCUGAGGCAGUCGUUGCAACAUGGAAAGAUGAACUGUGCCGGGCGACGUGCAAACCGCAUGAAAACAGAGCCCGAUCCGAUUGACGCUGACGUGAGCUCCAAUUCGGAGCUGCGGAAACUUCAAAUCUUUGGGGCAGGUCCCAAAAUGGCAGGCCUGGGCCUGUUAACUGGAAAAGAUCGAAAUGGAAAGGAAAGUGAAGGUGGAGAGCGAGGCCUGGAUGAUGUGAAAGCUCUACCUUCCAUGGACAUCCAGUGUCCUGAACCUGAACCUGAACCACAGACUGCCAUCAUCCCAGAAAAGGUGCCUUCUAUGAAGGAUUCCAAAAUGGAGCUCAAGCCAGUGCAGCUUAAAGAAGCUGAUAUAAUUGCGAAUGUCGACCUGUACGAAUGCCUGGUGUGCGGGCGAGGGGACGAUGAAGCUAAACUGCUCCUGUGCGAUGGCUGUGACGACAGCUACCACACCUUCUGCCUCAUUCCACCCCUGCAGGAUGUCCCUAAGGGUGACUGGAGGUGCCCUAAGUGUGUUGCUCAGGUGAUGGGCUGGUGCAGUGGGAGUGAUGGCAUAAUCCCUAGCAACAGCUCUUACGAAUGUAGCAAACCUCAGGAGGCAUUUGGAUUUGAACAGGCAAAGAGGGUGUACACCUUGCGCAGUUUCGGAGAGAUGGCGGAUGUAUUUAAAUCGGACUACUUCAACAUGCCUGUUCACAUGGUGCCUACCGAACUUGUGGAGAAAGAGUUCUGGAGGCUGGUCAGCUGCAUUGAGGAGGACGUGAGUGUGGAGUAUGGGGCCGACGUGCAGGCCAAGGAGUACGGCAGCGGUUUUCCUGUUAAGAAUGGGAAAAAGAAAUUAUCCAAGGAGGAGGAGGAGUACACCAGCAGCGGGUGGAACCUCAACAACAUGCCAGUCUUGCCCCAGUCAUUGCUGGGUCACAUCGACGGGGACAUAUCUGGCAUGAAGGUGCCCUGGCUGUAUGUGGGCAUGUGUUUCUCUUCCUUCUGCUGGCACAUCGAGGACCACUGGAGCUACUCCAUUAACUAUUUGCACUGGGGAGAGCCAAAGACAUGGUAUGGUGUUCCUGCGUAUGCUGCCGAGUCACUGGAAAAUGUUAUGAGGACCUUGGCUCCAGAGCUCUUUCUGGCACAGCCUGACUUGCUGCAUCAGUUGGUCACGAUUAUGAAUCCCAACAUACUAAUGGCCCACGAUGUUCCCGUGGUGAGGACCAAUCAGUGUCCCGGAGAGUUUGUGGUGACCUUCCCACGGGCCUACCACAGCGGAUUUAACCAAGGGUACAAUUUUGCAGAGGCCGUGAAUUUCUGCACUGCAGACUGGCUUCCGAUGGGCCGCCGGUGUGUGGAGCAUUAUCGCCUGAUGCGGAGGUACUGCGUGUUCUCGCACGAGGAGCUGCUCUGCAGGAUGGCGUGUGAGACAGAGGGCCUGGCGCUGCCAAUGGCAUCGGCGAUUGGCCGCGAGCUCGAGAUUGCCAUUGACGAGGAGCGGAAGUUGCGCAGGGAGGCCUGGGAAAUGGGUGUGAGCAAGUCGGAGCCGUUUGAGUUUGAGUUGUUGGCGGAUGAUGAGCGGCAGUGCCACUUUUGCAAGACGACCUGCUACCUGUCUGCUAUCGCGUGCCCCUGCUGCCCAGGCCGCCUGGUGUGCCUCUAUCACAUCCGUGACCUCUGCCGUUGUCCCACACAGCACAAGAUACUCAGGUACAGAUAUACACUGGACGAACUGCCCCCAAUGCUGCACAAGCUGAAGUCUCGAGCAGAGAUAUUUGAUGCUUGGGCCGAAAAAGUGAGGAGAGCAUUGGAAGAGGAAAAUGGCAAGAAGUCUGAUUUGUCGGCGUUGAAGGCACUGCUGGAGGAGUCUGAGACGCACGACUUCCCCGAAAGCAGCUUACGGCAGAACCUUAUGCUUCUCGUACUUGAGGCAGACCAAUGUGCCUCAAUGGCACAGGACCUGAUGAACAGUCGCAACUGUGUCCGAGACAAGAGUGGUGCAACUGAAGAGCAAGUGAUGCUGAGCUUGGAAGAGUUCAAAACAUUUGUGAAUCGUUUGGAAAAACUUCCCUGCACUGUCAACUAUAUGAAUGAAAUAAAGGAGCUGCUGGAGAGAGUGGAAGGCUUCAGGGAUGCUGUGCAGCUGCUGUUGGUGGCAGAGGACAAACCAGAUUUGGUGCGGAUGCAAGAGUUGCUCAAGGAGGCUGAACACUUGGCUCCUGUUCAUCUUCCCGAGAAAGAGCAGCUGGAACAGAGGGUGCAGAGGGAGCGCUGGCUUGAAGAGGUGCACACUGCACUGGCCUCUUCACUGUCCAGCCAAGACCAGGGGCUUUCUGAGAAAGAAGCGAUGGGUGGAGGCGUUAGCUGCCUGAACAUAGAGGUGCUUCGCAGGUUGAUAGACAGUGCCAUGCCACUGGGAGCUGAACCUGUCAUGGAUCAAGCUGUGGCUGAGCUGCAGGAAAUUCUGACCGUGGCAGAGAGUUGGGAGGAUCGGGCCCGUGCUUGCCUGCAGGCCAGGCCUAGGAUGGUGAGAAGUACCCUUGAGUCCAUUGUUGCUGAGGCUCAUGGGGUACCAGUUCAUCUGCCAACUGUGCAAGCACUGAAGGUCUCCUUACAGCAAGCUGACGAUUGGACUGCUGACCUGGAAAAGAUCCAGGCAGGAGAUCACUAUCCAUACUGCAGCGUGCUGGAGAGGAUGGUAUCGCAAGGCCGCUGCAUUCCUGUGCAGCUUGAUGCAUUGUCCCAGUUGGAGGGGUGGCUGGAGGCUGCCAGCAUUUGGCAGAGACGUGCUGCAAGGACCUUUCUUAGGAGAAACUCCUGCUGUACCCUCCUAGAGGUGCUGAACCCAAAGACUUGUGCUGGUGAUGCGGAGAAAGGGAACGAGUGCGGUGACAACAAAAGAACUCCGUCCCAAGGGACUGACCCUUCUUUUGUGGAUACGUACAGGUCCGCAGAGCGCGAGGAGGUGGAGGCCAUGCGGCGAAUGCGCGAGGCCAGUCGCGCUAGCGGGCCUCCACCAGAGGGGGGCACCACGACGCCAUGUGGCGCGUGUGGCCACGGUGAUGCCGGGCUGGUGAGGCAGUGCCACCAGUGCCGGGCACCCUGCCACCACGGCUGUGUGGCACCGACUCACCGCCGAGCCGGUGCCAGGGCGCUGUGCACUCGCUGUGUUCGAUCCAAGCGGCCGCAAAUGGCCACUGUACUGAACCUCCUGGUUGGUCUACAGGGCCUGCCCGUCAGGCUGCCAGAAGGAGAGGCCCUGCAGUGCCUGGCAGAGCGUGCGAUGGGCUGGCAGGACCGGGUGCAUCAAGCCCUGUCCCAGGGGGAGGUUGUGCGGGCCCUUGAAAAACUCAAGUCCCAGCCCUCUUCCCAUAAAGUGGCACACAACACCAAGUCCAGAACCACCAUCGGGCAGAAGGAAAACCCAAACAAUGGAUCGUGUGGAACUCUCGCUAACGUUUCUUCUGAACACGGAGGGAAUGAUGAUCCCACCUAUGACCUUCAGCCUUUGACUUCUACCUCCUGCACUGAGCUUGCCCAGUCUUCAGUGUGCAGCAGCCAAAGUUCCAGGUCGCAGCAGCAGUUUCAUUCGCUGUUGCUCCCUCCCACUAUUCUGGCACAACUUGAGGACCUGCUCAUGCAGGGAGAUCUGAUUGAAGUGUCUCUGCAAGAGACGCGGCUUCUUUGGAGGUUACUGUCAUCACCCUCGUCUUCCGCUGACCAGGACAGAGAGCAUGAGAAUGAAGCACUUAAUACCGAGGGGGAGUACAGAGAUGACAAAACAUGCAAGAGGAAACCGGAGUCGGAGGAAGUCUGCAAAGAGGAAAGGAAUGCCGCAGACCGUCCCGCUGACGGUCGCAAACGCACAAAAGUGGAGAAGGAUGAAGGGGCAGACUCCGGCGCGGAGUUUUCCGCUGCGUCGAGCGAGCACGAAGCGCAGAGUCCCAGUUCCAGGGAGGGGGAAGAGCGGCCGGGUGGAGGAGUGAGGUUUCGGGAGAUAGGUGACAAACUGGAGCGAGCCCGCGGUGGUGCGGCAGGGGCUGUCGUUGUGGGCUUGGAAAAUGUGGCAGAAAGCAAAGGGCGACCUCAAGAUGAGGUGUGAAGAUUUUGUCGUGCUUCUCCAGUAGGUUUUUUUUUUCUUUCUAAUAUGUACAUUAGCUGUAGCAUACGAUUUAAAACGUCAUACAAUAUAGGUGUAUAGGUUUGCGUCAUGUAUAUAAUGCAUGUGUGUGUAGUGCAUGUGUGCGCAUAUGCGCAUGCGUGCAUGUUUGCAGGAAUUGAAGUUGUCAUGGUCAUUUUACAAUGUUUUGCUGUAUUCCUUUUUAGUCCGAAUUUUGCCAUACAUUGUGCAUUAUCAUAACCCAUAAGGUGGCAAUUGGAAGCUCAGUUGAAGCUUCUUCCUUAAGCAUUGCUAUCAAUCUCCAGUUCUCCACCCCUUCUAUCCCCUAGUACUUUAACCCCAACAUGGGUGAAGUUAUUGCAGCUCUCCUCCGCUGAGCAUGGUUUAAGAGUUUAAAUAUUAACUUAGUGCUGGUUUCAUAGUCAAAACAGGCCAACGUUUUUUUUCUCAUUCUAUAAAUCUAGGUGACAUUCCACCCAUAUAAUUAUUACAGAGUUGUGCAAUGAAAUACCUACCUUUUUUAAAAUACGUAAAUAUGGAUACCACACGAGUACAUGUAAAAUGCUGUUGCCUUUGUCAGGUGGAAUUGGCCCGGGUGCGGCGGUAAAAUGUGGCAGCACGAUUUCGCCUGGCUUUAUGGAAGGGGGGUGGGGGGGACUUACCCAAACUACUGAUCCUGGAGGAUGCGGCUGUCACAUUGCCACAAGAUAAGAAGCCCUCGGUCUUGCUUUUACGGUCUGCUUUGCCGUUUGAUUUUCAGGGAGACAAAAGAAAAAACAAAACUGACCCAAAAUUCUCAUGACAAUAAUAACUGCGGUGUAGAUUUGCAAAGACAUGUUGGUGUGAAAAUGUUAACGGAGGCGGCUUCCUUGUGGUUGAGGUAACGGUGAACUUGUAAUGUGUCUUCUAUUUAAAUGUUUGAUUUUUUUUAAUGUACCUUCAUCCCUCAAAACAGGCAACCUAGUUGUGCUUGUGAAAGGCUCUAGUAAAUAAAUAACGAUACUCCUUAGUCUGAGUGGUUGAGAUAUCUAAAAGCCCAAAGCAUUACUGUGUUUGUAAUCUUCCAAAAAACAAUAAUAUGUACUGGUCUCCUUAGUAAUGAACUGUAAAGGUAGUUCAUCCUAAUUGGUAGUUCGUCCUAAUUGGUAGUUAGUCCUAAUUGGUAGUUCGUCCUAAUUGGUAGUUCGUCCUAAUUGGUAGUUCGUCCUAAUUGGUAGUUCGUCCUAAUUGGUAGUUUAUCCUAAUUAGUAGUUUAUCCUAAUGUAGACUGUCAAGAGCCCAAGGAGGGAGAACCCUUUUUUGUUCGUGAGCCCUCUGUAUUUAUCAGAAUAUUUUAUCUUCACUGCACUGUGGACUACAUACAAGUGGGCUAAUUAAAACAGGACGCAAACCGUCACAUGUGGAGGUACAUCACUUGCCCCUUUGGUGCUUUGUAGAAUUGUUGAUCCACACCGGUGUUGGAUCUUGCGCAAACUUGCUCAUAUGAUUUGGACUUGUUUAAAUGUUGGCUCUGCCAUUGGUGCAGUGAGAGAGGCUUAGUUUCCUUCCUCACCUUUAUAAUGCAGCUGAAUUAACUAAAGUGAAAGGACCUAUUUCACACGGCUAGUGUAAUGCCUGUUUGACUGUUUUGUUGUAAAAUAGAAAUGUCUGUAGAAACUUUUUUUCCCCCUCUUUGAGGUCAACGUUUAUAUAUAGUACAUUUUUUCAGACGUGCAGGUUUUCUAAAAAAACUAAAAAAAACUCUUUAAAAAAAGGUCUUCUAAUUGAACAUUUUACACAGUUUUCUAUAACUCUUGACAAGGAGAAUGCAAAUUUAUUUAGAGAAUUUUACAGCAGGUAUCUUGAAAUAUUUUUGAUUGUUUUUAUAUUUUUAAUUGAAUCCUUUACAUUUGGACAUACUGUACACACAUCACACCAGAUUAUCAGCAUUUGCCUCGAGCUGCUGUUUUUUUUUAACUCAAUCCUUUUCGUUUUUGUCCUUCCCUCCUCCCCAUGGUUGUACAUCUUCUUCUUAGUCGCAGUUGAUUCAAGCAUUAGAAUUUUAAGGCAAUAUUGUAAUUGUUUCUUGGUGCUCAAGGGGGUAAUAACUUAAUACUAUUGUCUUUGGGACUUUUUAUCAUUUAUUUUUGUCCAACUACAGAAAAAAAACACUUUUGCAGGUAAAAAAAGUAAGCAUUGGCACAAAUAAAUGUUGAUGUUCAGAACUGUGAACAAUGCAUAUGUAAUAAAAGUGGGACAAAGUAACCUCUUGGUUUGUAUCGUGUAUAUUGGGAAUUGUGAAAUUGUUUUGAUUGGCAUGUAACAUGUGCUCUAAGUUGACUAGCAGUUCCUGAAGACGUAUGUUUCAGAACUUUCAUUUUACUAUUAAAAUAAACGUACGUGUUGCAGAUUAUUUUUAUAGCAAUUGUUGAUGCUGUUGUACAUGUCAAAAGCAUAUAACAUGCUUAACGUUGACUUCAUGUUCUUGAGGACAACACAUGACUGUUGAGAAACAGAAACGAUGUUUCAUUGUUUUAUGCGGUUAGUUUACAUGUCGAAAGCAGCAGUACCCUUGCUUGGGCUGAUGCGAUUGACAUUGUAGUCGCUAGCAUGAGGGGCGUUUUGGUGCAUAAUAUUGUACAAAACUAUUGGUUCAACGUUCCAAGAGUAUAAAAGCGCUGCAGCAAAAGUAGACUUUGAUAUGUUCAGUUCAUAUUGACUUUGCCUGAUGUAGCCAAGUGGACUUCAUUGUCAUCGCCAAUAAUAAUUUAUUACACUUGUUUUACCCAGGAAAGCCUCAGUCUCAUGGUUUUAUCAGAGGGUCUUGCCAGUUUUUUUUGAAGUAGGGGCAAUGAUUUCUUUGAAUGCAAUGGAAUCAUUUGCAUUUAUUACACGAAGGCUUUAGCAACCAAUAUUCAUAAUAGUUUUUUUGGGGUUGGAUUGCGUGAAUGUUAAUAUAGCUUUUUUGUGUUAGAUCGCGUAAAUAUUUACGCGAUCUCUACCCAAGAAACCUAUCAUUUAAAUGUAAUUUUCAAAUUUC